AUGACUUAUAAUAAAAAACUGGAUGAUGACAAAGACAUUUCUGAUGACAAGGCUGAUGACAAAAGCCUCACUGAUGACAAGGGCCUUGCUCGUGACAAGAGUUUGGCUGAUUAUAGCGACAAGGGCCUAGCUGUUGACCAAAGCCUUUCUGAUGACAAGGGCCUAGCUGGUUACAAGGAGUUUGCUGGUGAAAAGAGCCUCACUAAUGACGAGACGCUAUCUGAUGGCAAUAGCCGGACUGAUGACCAAGGCCUGGCUGAUGACAAGGACCUAGAUUGUGACAAAGGUUGGGCUGAUAACAAGGGUCUUGCUGAUGACAUAGGCUCGGGCGAUGACAAAGGCUUGGCUAAUGACAAAGGCUUGGCUGAUGCAAAAGACCUAGAUUGUGGCAAAGGCCGGGCGGAUAACAAGGGUCUGGCUGAUGACAAAGGCUUGGCUGAUGACAAAGGCUUGGCUGAUGACAAGGAACUAGAUUGUGACAAGGGCCGGGCGGAUAACAAGGGUCUGGCUGAUGACAAGGACCUAGAUUGUGACAAAGGCCGGGCUGAUGAUAAGGGUCUGGCUGAUGACAUAGGCUUGGGCGAUGACAAAGGCUUGGCUGAUGCCAAAGGCUUGGCUGAUGACAAGGACCUAUAUUGUUGCAAAGGCCGGGCGGAUAACAAGGGUCUGGCUGAUGACAAAGGCUUGGCUGAUGACAAAGGCUUGGCUGAUGACAAGUAA